UGUAAAGAUUAGGUCACUGACCACAUUUUGACCUUUGCCCUACAUCAAAGAAAAUAUCUCCUACACUUGAAUGUCAUGCUUGUGGCUUGGGUUCACCUAUAGAUAAGGUGAUGUGUUAUAUGUCAAAAGUAGGUCAAUCGUUCUGACCUUUUUCACCUUUGACCUACAACAAAUAACAAAUUGUUUGUUUUGCAGUGCAUAUACAGGGUAUAGUUCCCAUACUAUCCUGUGAAGAGUUUUGUUGAUUUUAGAAAAUAUAUUGAAAUUUUAGCAAAUUUUAAAAGUUAUAUCCUUACUAAAAAGCCAGUGCAGGAAGGUGAGAACAGUUUUGUGUCUUGUUAUUUGUCUUGUAUUGCUCAAAUGUGAAUAUCAUGUUUUAGCAUAUUGAUUUUUUUGUUUUGUUUUUUAACAGAUUCUGAUUCUGACGUGCAAAGCAAAACUGAAAGCAUGGACAGAAUGCCGUCUGAUACAUGUAAUGAUUCUGAUGUAUCAACAGUGUAUGAUGAGUUGGAAACACAAGGAAACGAUAUUGAUGGUUGCAGAAGAUUGCCUGAUGCAGAUUUACCAGCAAAUUCCAGUGACAAAACCAAAGAUUCUGACUCUGACGUGCAAAGCAAAACUGAAAGCAUGGACAGAAUGCCGUCUGAUACAUGUAAUAAUUCUGAUGUAUCAACAGUGUAUGAUGAGUUGGAAACACAAGGAAACGACACUGAUGACUUGAAUACUACACCUGUUUCAGUCACAGAUUCUCAAACAAGUACUGGUAAUGAAAUCAAAGUCACACCGGUUUCCCAUGGAAUGAAUGGACAGAGAGUUUAUGACAAAAGGCAAGCUUGUUACUAUUGUGGACAGCUAUUUGCUAAAAUUUCUGAACACUUGGAAAAUAAGCACAAGGAUCAAAUGGAGGUGGCCAGGAUUAUUGCUAUGAAAAAGGGAAGCAAAGAGAGGACAUUGGCAUGGAAAAAAAUUAGGAACAUGGGUAAUUUUCAGCACGUUUCAAUUAUGUCAACACAUGAUCAAAAUGAUAAUGAUUUGCAGUUGAUUGUGGAUAGACGUCCGAAGAAUGUCAGGUCCUUGAAAGAAUUCUUGCCUUGUAGUUUUUGCCUGGGAUUUUUCCUGAAGAGUGAACUCUGGCGCCAUUCUAAGACCUGUCCUUUGAAAAUGCAAGGCUCCGAGGAGCAAAAGGAGACACGUGUACAGUUAUCAUCUAAGUUACUGCUUGAAUCAUCAAUGGCUUUGACAAAGAACAGUAAGGUAGAUCAAGAGUUUUUAACAGUUGUUACUGGUAUGAAGCAAGAUGAUGUGCUAGACUGUAUUAAAAGUGACAAUUCACUUAGACUUCUCGGUGGAAGCAUGAUCCAAAAAGUGGGUAAGUCCAGAAUAGCUAAUGUUAGACAAAAACUUCGGGAAUUGGGUCGUUUGCUAAUUGAAAUGCGCAAAACAACUUCUUUACAAAACUUCAAUGACAUUCUCAAACCUGGAAAUUUCGAUAACAUUACUGAGGUUGUUUGGAACAUUGCUGGAACAUCACAGUCAGGUGAGGAAGCUUUCACAAAAAGAGGUCUGCCAAAAUAUGAGAAGCCAUCUUUGGCUUUAAAACUUGGACAUUCUUUGAAAAAAAUGGCAGAAAUGAAGCGAGGAUGUGCAAUACGAAAUGGAGAUGAAGUGGGGCGAAAAGAGGCUGAAAACUACAUUAUAUUGCAUGCAACUGAAUGGAAUGACAAGAUCAGUAGCCAUGCUUCUCGGACGCUGUCGGAGCGUCAUCAUAAUGAUCCAAACCUCCUUCCACUAACAGAAGAUGUGGUAAAGCUGAGGCGCUAUCUUCUUAAUGAACAACAACGCCUUAUUCCACUACUGCGUAGUACUCCGUCAGUCAACACCUGGAGAAACUUGGCACUGGUUGCACUUACUCGUGUGACUGUCUUUAAUAAAAGGAGGGGAGGUGAGACGGGACAAAUACUUCUGGAAACGUACAAGAACAGAACCAACUGGAAUGAGGCUGGUAAUGCUGAAGUACUUGGUACCCUUCAACCUCUUGAGAAGAAACUUCUGGAAAGACUUCAACUUGUGGAGAUUGUUGGAAAAAGAGAACGAAAAGUGCCAGUUAUAUUGACAGAAGAUAUGAUCAACGCCAUUGAUACAUUGAAUGCGGCAAGGGACGAUAUUUUAUUGCCUGUCGAAAACCAAUACCUCUUUGCAGCUCCAACAACAAAAGAUGGUUACUUGAAGGGAUGGGAUGCACUGCACUUUACGACACAAAAUGCUGGUCUCACCAAACCAGAACUCAUCACUUCGACCAACAUGAGGAAAUAUAUAGCAACAGUUUCACAGAUUGUAGACCUGAACUCAAAUACAGAGCUUGAAUGGUUGGCAAAUCACAUGGGGCAUACACUGUCAGUACAUCGCCAAUACUACCGGUUGCAAGAGCAGACACUUGAGCUUGCUAAAGUUAGCAAACUAUUAAUUGCUUCAGAUGCUGGACAUGCUCACAAAUAUGCAGGGAAAUCACUGGACAAUAUUGCAUUGGAAGAUGUUGAGGACUUUCCUGACUUAGAGGAUGAACCUUUGAAUGAUAAUGCUGAAGACAAGGACAUAUUGAAUGAUGAUGUUGGUGUGGAUGAUGGUUUUGGAGUUGAUGAUGAAGAUGAUGAUGACUAUACUGCUGAAAUCAGUGUUGAUCAUGAAGUUGUGCCGAAAAAGCAGGCAAAAGCCAGAAAACCAUGGAAGAAAGAAGACAGAAUACUCCUGAAAAGGGUAUUUUACCAAUGUUUGUCCACUAAAAAAACACCUACCAAAGCAGACAUCAUGCUUGGUGUAAGGAAGAACGAUAAAGUAAAAUCUCUGUUUGAAGAGAGAGGAUGGAAAGCUUUGAAGUACUAUGUUUGGAAUUUAGUCCAACAACAUAACAAGCUGCAAAAGAAGCUACUGGAAAAGAAAGGAAAUUGAUUUGCUCCUUACAUGACUGAGUAACAAUUAUGGUGAUGAAAUUAAAACGAAGGACAUUCUGUAUUCUGUGUCAAACCAUUGGAACAUCCAAGUGACAUAUUUUUUACAUCACAUAUUUUUCAAAGUAACAAUUUAUAGCCCACCUUCACCCUAAGAUGGUGCACUUUAAAUACAUGUAUUGCCCUGCAUUUAGCCUCUUGCUGUCAUCCAUCCUUAAACAAGCCUUACAGACAUUUUAUGUGAAGUAAGGUUCCCUUUGGUCUAUUGUGCUGUUUUGAUUUUUGAAUGUCUGCUUGACUGCCAUUAUGGCUUUUUGACUUUGAAAUUAUAACUGAUUUUUUAGAUUUUGAAAUUAUAACACUGAUUUUUUAGAUGGAUCUUUCUCAAAUAUCAUUGUAAAAUUCCUAAUUUUGAUUUUUUCAUUAUUUUAUUGCUAUUUCUUGAGAACUACAAAAUGAAUCUUUUUUUAUAUAUUUUCCUCGGUCCAUUGUUAUGUUUGUAUUGAUUUUGAAACUGAUCAAAUAAACAAAAUUGCUGUCAUGAUAGUUGUUGACAAUGAAAGCUCAUUGUUUCUUGAGAGGUACUCACGCAUUUGAUUCAAAUUGUUCUCCUAGUUGUACCCUUUUUAUUUGUAAACAAAAUCGCUCUUAAACACCGAUUUCUAUAUUGAAAUUCCAUAUGUAGGUGCACAUUGGUCUCUAGUUUUGUCUUUUUGACUUCUGGACUGAUCAGAUACAAAUAGUUGACUUGUCAUCUUGUGAUUUUGACAGUAAAAAUUUGUUUAAUAUUGUAUGAUAAGAAAACAAAAUUAAAUAUGUAUUGAACAAUUUUACUCAAGCUAUAUACUGAACUCUUCAAUGAACACCACUGUAACUUCA